CUUGUGCUGUGUAGCAGCUGACGUUGGCAUGGAAAAUUAUCUGUAUCCAUCACACGUCGAUUAGAUAUCGGCUUCUUGUUCUCAUCAAAGUUCACAUCAUCGUUUGAUCUCGUACCACCAUGGCCUCUCAGACAUACCAACUCUUUUGCAUUGGUAACCCCCUCCUCGACGUGCAGGUUACUAACGGUGAAGAGCUGCUCAAGAAGUAUGAUCUGAAGGCCAACGAUGCCAUCCUUGCGGAGGAAAAGCACAUGUCGAUCUACGAGGAGAUCGUGAAACACAAGGUCACAUACGUUGCUGGCGGUGCUUCUCAAAACGCCGCCCGAGGAGCAGCAUAUGUUCUUCCUGCCAAUUCAGUGGUUUACACUGGCUGUGUGGGAGAUGACGACCUGGCAGAACAACUGCGCGAGGCAAACAGGCGUGAGGGCCUGAAGGAGGUCUACCUCGUCAAACCAGGCCAAAAGACGGGCGCAUGUGCCGUCGUCCUCACAGGGCACCAUCGCUCCCUGGUCACGACCCUCCGUGCAGCUGAGAUGUUCGAGCAAUCGCAUCUCUCUUCCCCCGCCGUAGCACCUUUGGUAGACGCCGCAAAAGUCUUCUACGUAGAAGGCUUUUUCCUAACGCACGGCACACCCGUCGUGCUCGAGCUCAGCCAAAAAGCAUCCGCUGCUUCCAAGGUGUUUGCAAUGAACUUCUCGGCGCCUUUCAUUCCGCAGUUCUUCGGCGCCCAGCUGCAGUCCGUCCUCCCCUUCUGCGACAUCAUCAUCGGGAACGAGACCGAGGCUGAGGCAUACGCAACCGCAAACAAUCUGCCAGACACCAAGGACCUUGCUGCGAUUGCCAAGGCUGUUGCUGUUUCCCCUAAAUCGAACAAGUCUCGCCCGCGUGUCGUGGUUUUCACGCACGGCGCUGAGUCUACUAUUUUGGUAUCAUCCGCCGAACCUGAUAGCCCGAAGGUCUUCAAAGUCAGCCCCAUUAGCGCAGAACUGAUCGUCGACACCAAUGGUGCUGGUGAUGCGUUCGCGGGUGGUUUCCUCGGCGCGUACGUCGCUGGUAAGAGCUUGGAUGAGUGUGUUGAGGUCGGGCACAAGAUGGGUGCCAUGAGUGUCCAGCUUGUUGGUCCCCAAUACUUGUGGCCCAAGGUCUCCGUUCUUUAAACACGUUAAACUACCAUAUACACUUCGUGAAUUCCCUACAUAUAUCACGCUUUCAACAGCGAAAUUUGUUGUAUCCCUACCGAUGUUCUUCAUCACUCGCUUUCCACAAGCAUGUAGCAACUGAUAUUUCGAAUCUAUGAUUUCGAUGAUAAUUAAGACUAAAGUGUUACAAAAA